AUGUCGGCAGCAGACUUGCACCGGCUGGUCCACCGGGCUACACCCCGUGUCGAAGAUGUCAGAGCGCCUGACCGCACAGAUUUCAUCCGCAGGGAGCACGGCCACUUGCCGCUCCGCGAGGUUGUGGAUGCGCUGGAUGCCCUGGAGUUCUCUUCGGCUUCUUUCCUGCGGCAGUUUUCAGAAGUCAAGAUCGAGAAGCCGGCGAAGCCCGAGUUCAACGAAGCAGAGGCGUGCGUCUUGUCUGAGAAGGGGCGGCUGGAACGUUACGCCACAACGCCGGCUGCUCCGGAAAAGUCGGACGACACUUGCGUCCAUCAGCUGCAUCGACUGCUGGAAGAUCUGCGUGUGCUCUGCCCAUGCCUUCCCUCGGACAAAAAGCAAGAAGCGGCCCCACAGGAGGAGGCGUCCAGCCCAACAUCCGACUGGAAGGAGGUUGUCGCUGACGAGAAGGCCAAGGGCAGCGAUGCCUUCAAGCAGAAGGAUUUCAGACGUGCGAUAGAUCAUUACACUCGAGCCAUUCGGGCCUCGCCCAAAGAGGUAGAGGAAGAACUGAAGACGCUACACACGUUGUACUCAAACCGUUCGGCGGCUCGCCUUCAGGUUGAGGAAGCAGAGGCGGCGCUCGCUGAUGCAAGGCUCUGUGUCCAGUUGGCACCCUCUUGGCCAAAGGGCUAUUUCCGCUUGGGGACCUCUCUGAGACAGCUCCAGCGUUUCGAUGAGGCUAUUGAGGCCUUCAUAGCCGGACGGUCCCUAGAGCCAGAGAACAAGGACUGGGAGAAGGAGGUUGAAAAGACGCAGCAGAUGCUUGAGGCAUCGCCAGCUGCACAAGUGCGGCAGCUCAUUAUGCAGUUGCUACCAGAUAUCCUGGCGACCUGGUUCCGAGCUGCCGAUCCAGAAGGCGUAUUGCAGAUUCAGGUCAAUGGGCGGCUCCGUGACCUGGGAGCCUGCAAGUGGCGCCGUCUUCGAGAUGGAGCACAGCCGGCGAAGGCGCAGAUACGCUACGCUUUCUUGCACAAGAAGGGGUAUCUGGCCAACCUGGCCGCAAACCUGCAAAGCCCUUCCCCGGAAGCAUAUGCAGUGACCGACCUGGAAGGCAAGCCCAUCAAGAUACCCGAUGUCAGCGCCUUCUUUUGGAAGACGGACUUUGCCUCGGUCCACAUCGACAUCAAGGACGAUGAUGGCGCCAUGAAAGCCAUCCUGUGA